UGCUCCAUAUAAAGGAGGGCUCUGGGCUGAGCAGUCACUGCUCCCUGCUCCUCUCACCUAGAAGAUGUCUGGUCGCGGUAAAGGAGGGAAAGGGCUCGGGAAAGGCGGCGCCAAGCGGCACAGGAAGGUGCUCCGUGAUAACAUCCAGGGCAUCACCAAGCCUGCCAUCCGCCGCCUAGCUCGCAGGGGAGGCGUCAAGCGCAUCUCCGGCCUCAUCUAUGAGGAGACUCGCGGGGUGCUGAAGGUCUUCCUGGAGAACGUCAUCCGGGACGCCGUCACCUACACCGAGCACGCCAAGAGGAAGACCGUCACCGCCAUGGACGUGGUCUACGCGCUCAAGCGCCAGGGCCGCACUCUCUACGGCUUCGGGGGUUAAUGCUGCCGCCGCCUCCGUCCUCACAGCACAAAGGCU